AUGCAGCGACUAUGUGUGUACGUACUGAUCUUGGCACUGGCUCUGGCCACCUUCUCUGAAGCUUCUUGGAAGCCCCGCUCCUGGCUGCAAGAUGCACCCUCGGGUCCAGGAGCAAAUAGGGGUCUGGAGCCACAUGGGCUGGACCAACUGGGCCCAGCCUCUCACCACCGAAGGCAGCUAGGGCUCCAGGGUCCCCCACAGCUGGUGGCAGACCUGUCCAAGAAGCAGGGACCGUGGAUGGAAGAAGAAGAAGCAGCAUACGGAUGGAUGGACUUCGGCCGCCGCAGUGCUGAGGAAGAGGACCAACGUCCCUAG